AUGGCUUCACAUAAAGAACUACGAGAAUUAUUGCUUAUAUGCUACGCAGACAACAUGUUAUCAGAUGAAGAGUUUCUCGUUUUGUGGGAAAAUUAUGAAUCCAAGAAUCCCGAUUUUCCUUGGGACAGUUACGAUCCGUUCACGCUCGUAAACAUGGAUGAAGCUGAGUGUAAGGCAGAAUUUCGUGUUGAAAAAAAUGAUCUCCAAAGGCUUGCAGAAGCCCUACAAAUUCCAGGAACAUUGAAAUGCUACCAAGGAACCGUAUGCGAUGGAAUGGAGGGACUGUGCAUGCUGUUGAAACGACUGGCAUACCCAUGUCGUUUCAGUGAUAUGAUUUCGCGUUUUGGAAGAUCUGUUCCUGAGCUAUGUAUGGUAACAAAUCGAGUGAUGGAUUUUAUCUACGACACCCAUGGCCACCGCAUCACUCAGUGGAAUCCUGCUGUACUAAAUCCUGUAUUUCUUGAACAGUACGCAGCUGCCAUCGCAGGUAAAGGUGCCGCCCUAGACAACUGCUUUGGGUUUGUUGAUGGCACGGUGCGUCCAAUCUCCAAACCGGGUGAACAGCAGAGGAUUGUGUAUAAUGGGCAUAAAAGGGUCCACGCCCUGAAGUUUCAGUCGGUUGCUGUGCCCAAUGGGCUCAUUGCAAAUAUGUAUGGUCCAGUAGGUAUGGUCCUUUUAUAAAAUAUAUAACUAGUCAACAGAAAGUACUCAUUUUAAAGCCUGGAUAUUUCACAUUAUUUAUUUGAUAUUUGUUUUUCAGAAGGUAAGAGGCACGAUUCAGGCAUGUUGGCUGAUUCCGGGCUUCUUCGGGAUCUAGAGGCUUACGCGUUUUCACCAGCAGGCUUACCAAUGUGCAUAUACGGAGAUCCAGCCUAUCCACUUAGAGUCCACCUACAAGGCCCUUUCCGGAACCCUCAUCUCACUCCUUUAAUGGAAGCAUUCAAUGCUUCCAUGAGCUCUAUAAGGAUUUCAGUGGAGUGGCUCUUUGGAGACGUUAUAAACUAUUUCAAGUUUUUGGAUUUUAAGAAGAAUUUAAAAAUUGGCAUGAGCAGCAUUGGCAAGAUGUAUAUUGUCUGUGCACUACUGCACAAUGCCCGCACCUGUCUCUAUGGCAAUAAGACCUCGUCAUUUUUCGAGCUUGAACCCCCCAGCCUCGAGGAAUACUUUGCUUAG